AUGGGAAUACUUGAUGAUAUUAAGAACACAGUGUCGCAGGCUGUGUUCACUCCUUCCACUCUGAUGUCCGGGCGAGGAGGGCUGCACAUGGCUCAGAUAUUACUGUGUCUGGUUACAUUUGUCAUAAGUGCCUUCAGAGGAGGGAGCAGCCAUACCUACUGGAACUACGCCAUGUUUGCCUGGUCUUUCUGUCCCAUCAUGACCCUCAUCAUCACCAUCAUUGAGAUGUUCAUGCUUGACCCACUGCUCAAACUUUGCCUGGACUGGAGAGAUUUCACCACAGGGAUGGCCAUGUCCUCCGCGCUUAUGACUGUCAGCGUUGCUAUUUUCUAUGCCAAUUUCUACAUCUGCCGGACAUGCCUGCACGGGUGGAUUGUGAGCAUAUUUGCUUUCUUGUCCGGCAUCGUCUACAUACUCGAAGUGGUGAAGGACAAGAUCUUCGAUAAGAGUACGGGGAGCUACCUGUCCGCCCUACCUGGAUUCAUGAAAGUUAUGGAGGCUUUCGUGAGCUGCAUGAUUUUUGUGUCCCUGACCGGUUACAGAGACUCCUUCCCUCUGAUCUUGUGUGUUAUAGCAUACGCCAUUCCAUUUCCCAUUAUCCCUAUAAUCAUUGCCACCAACAUCCUCAAGAAACUCAAGAAUUGCUUGCCUUUUAAUCUGGACAGGUUUGUCUUUAUAUUCCUGGUCAUCUCCGUUGUGCUCUAUGUAUUUACUGCUAUCAUGUGGCCCAUUUUUAUGUUCAGACACAACCCUCGCCCCAGCGACUGUCCACCCAGCUAUUGCAUAUGGGCCAUUCAGUUCAUGGUUGCCUUUUUCACCUAUGUCAACCUCAUUCUAUUCGUACUGGACCUCAUUUUCACUCUGCUUGGUAUCUGUGGCUUUAAACGCCCAUAA